AUGCAAAAGAGGUCUGGUUCUGUUAAAGUAAUCCUCACGUUUUUGUUCCAGAAUUCCAGAGGCGCUCCUUCUUUGUUGAAGGAUACUGUCCCAAUUCCUGAAUUUUCAGCUUCAGGACCAUUUGAAGGUCAUGAUCUUCUGCGUAGAGGCUUUACAAGUGUGAAAAAUGAAUUGUUGCCCAGCCACCCACUAGAGCUGACAGAAAAAAAUUUCCAGUUAAAUCAAGAUAAAACAAACUUUGCCACGCUGAGAAACAUUCAAGGACUCCACGCACCUUUAAAGCUGCAGAUGGAAUUCAGAGCUGUGAAACAGGUCCAGCGUCUCCCAUUUCUUCACAGCUCAAACAUAGCACUGGAUACUCUGAGGGGAAAUGAUGAAUGCAUCAGUUUUGAGGAUAUCCUUAAUGAUCCUUCACAAAGUGAGGUUAUGGGAGAACCACACAUGAUGAUGGAAUACAAGCUUGGUUUAUUGUAACAAAAUGUACUCCACAAAAAUGUUUUGUGCGUGUGUUUAUACUGCAGAUCUAAAUACGUGAUACUAAAUUGACACUCAGUGUUCAGCAGUCCUACAGUUAUCAUUUGCCUUCCUUCAUGAAAAGGCACAUUAAAUGUUUAAAGUCUAUAAAUUGUUCUGUGCUUGUUGUUAAUUAUAUAAAUGUCCUGUAACUAGGUAGUUUAAAUAAUGUCUCUUCAUACAUCGCUCAGGACAGUAGCUUCUUAACUCUGGAAAUACUAUAUAUGUGUACAAGAAAUCCAAAAAUACCUGUGCAUUUUAAAACUGAUUACUGUAGGUAAGUGCAUUUAAUGAAUGUUCUUGCAGAAGAACUUUUUAAAUGGGAAAACAAGGUAUUUUCCGUUAACUUUGUUCAUGAAAAUUUCCAUACACUUUUUAAACUAUUGAAUAAAAGUUUGCUAUAAA